AUGUCACCACUAGUCAUAGUGGGGAUAUUACUGAGUUGCGGGGCGUCCACUUUUGGGGAUGCAAAUGGUAAUGUAAACGAGAAUGCCCGCGACAUCAACAAUCUGGCCCAGAAAUUCUGGUGGGCGAACAACGACAGCCCAUUAAGCCAAGCCGCAUCCGAUUAUAAAUCCACGGUAGUCUCUUCCGGCCAUCCCGGAAAUUUGGAUCUAUCGAACAACCCCUUCUUCAACGGCGGUUUAUCGAGCAGCGGCAGCAUUCAUGCCGGAAACGGGGAAGUCAUCGACGGCAGUAUGGGCUUCUUGGGCGUUCAGCCAUCGCGCAUAACCUUUUCUAAAAAACAAACCCAAUUCGCAGAUUCCAAGUCACAGAACGGCGUUCCGUGCCAAGGGAACGGUUACUUCUGUGUCAAGAAGUCCGAAUGCCACAACGGCAUUGUCAACGGCGAAGGAUUGUCGAUCAUACCAGUCACCAGCGGGGUUUCGUACUGUAAUCCAAAAUCCGAAGCUUGUUGCCGUUACAAAGACCAAUCAGACUACGUAUCUUCUGGAAAAAGUUCAAACUUCAAGUUGACAAGUGAACCGAAGCUGACUGUAUCUAAUUACGGCGAGACUGGAGCUGAUGCUAACCGAUUAAGUGGUUCGAGCACUGCCAAACCGACUAGGGAUGCUCCAUUUACUGGAAGCACUGUAGAUUAUAGUAACACGAAAUUUGAUGAUGAUGUAAGAUUCUCCUCUUCCAUUCGUGGUCCACCAUAUCUACCACCGAAAUGUGGUCAAGAUGAAAAACUGGUAAAUGGUCAAUGUCAACCAGCAUGCGGCCCGAACUUCCACUUCGUAAAUGGCCGUUGCGAACCGUUGUGUGGACCGAAGGAACAUCUCGUAGGUGGACAGUGUCAACCAAUAUGUGGACCUAAUCAACGUUACGUAAAUGGUCAAUGUCAACCAAUUUGCGGACCAAAAGAACAUUUAGUAAAUGGUCAAUGUCAACCUACUUGCGGAUCCAAUGAACGUUUCGUUAAUGGCCAAUGUCAACCAAACUGCGGACCAAACCAACGUUAUGUAAAUGGACAAUGUCAACCAAUUUGCGGACCAAAGGAACAACUUAUUGGUGGCCAAUGCCGUUCUACAUGCGGACCAAAUGAACGAUUCGUUAAUGGUCAAUGCCAACUUAAUUGUGGACCAAAUGAACGCUUCGUUGGAGGUCAAUGUCAACCAAUUUGCGGACCAAACGAACGCCUUGUAAAUGGACAAUGCCAACCUACAUGUGGACCAAAUCAGAAACUUGUUAAUGGCCAAUGUCAACAAACUUGCAGAUCAAACGAACGUCUUGUAAAUGGACAAUGUCAACCUACCUGUGGGCCAAAUGAACGUUUCGUUAAUGGCCAAUGUCAACCAACUUGCGGACCAAACCAACGUUACGUCAAUGGCCAAUGUCAACCAAUUUGCGGACCAAACGAACGUCUUGUAAAUGGACAAUGCCAACCUUCAUGUGGACCUAAUCAGAAUUAUGUUAAUGGCCAAUGUCAACCAACUUGCGGAUCAAACGAACGUCUU